AUGACGUGUCGGCGCUGGAACGAAGUGGCGCGGAACAUGCCUGCGCUGUGCCUGAGAACGAGUGGCGGCGGAGUCGCUGCUAGCCAGGAGCCGUACUUGACUUUCGAGCGCCAGGCCUCGCGAAUGAUCCUCCGCAUGCGCGCCCUGCGCCACCUCACCGUCAUUUCGCCUCCCGCGCCGCCUGCCAGCAUUGGAGGGCCGUGCUGCCCCCCCAGCCAGACGCCGUCAAGCGAAAUUCCCAGCCCUACCAGCAGCGCACGUUCCGCCCCCACAAGCCUCGGACUUUGCACCCUCUGCCGCGGUGGAAGAAGUCCCACUCGAACCGCCGAGUCAACGGAACUCCCAGGGGCUUCUGCAAGUUGCGCCUGCCGGUGCAGCCAGCCAGGGAGUUCGGCAAGCGCGCAGGCAGGGGAUUCGGCGGCGCAGGCAGGGGAUUCGGCGGCGCAGGCAGGGGGUUCGGCAGCGCCGAGCCAUCCGCGGGAGUUUAUCUUCGAGGCGUGGAUGCGCCACGUGGGGCCGUCGCUGCGCUCGCUCACUCUCUCGCGCGCUGUUCCCGUCGCUUCGUCCACGAAUUGCGGCGGCGACGGGAGCGUGGUGGUGAACCUGUGGGAGGAGGAGGACGCGAGUCUGCAUCUCGCGCACAUUUCCCGCCACUGCACCAACCUGCGCUCGCUCUCAUUGGGCCACGUGUCACUCUCCACACAAACUCUUCUCGCCACUCUCCAGCCCAUGCCGGCCCUGCAGCACCUCUCGCUCUCGUGGCUUCACGCGUCUCCCGCCGCGGUUCACGCCGUGCUUGACGCCGCGCCGAACCUCCGCCAGCUCACGAUUUUCAUGGCGUCGGGUUUCCCUCACCUAGAACUGCGACUUCCUCCAUCCGUGCAGCACCUCUCGCUCUCAUACAUUCGCGCAAACUCAGUCAUGCUUCACUCCGCGCGCUCUCUCCUAUCCUUCUCUCACCGCGACAUGUUUCUUGGCGCGCUCUCCAUCCGCGACGCGCCCAACCUGCGCCAACUCUCAGUCGCCUCAGCCAAUUCCCUUCUCGUCUCCGCUCCACAUUCCAGCCGACUCGAAUCGAUCGACCUUCAUAGUAUACCCUUUUCCGCAAUGUCCGGCGAGCGAAGCGCAGACGCAGGGGAAGCCGUGCUCCUCCUCGCGCUGCCGCACGUGCGUCUCUUUAACGACCUCAUCGCCUUACAACGCGUAUCGCGCUCCCUCUAUCGCACCAUUCGCGACUCGCCCUGUUUCUGGCUGCGAUUCCACCAUCUCCACGUGGAGCCCUUCCCAAUCAGCCACCGCCACGUGUCCGCUUCCCUCAGCGGAACAGCGGCUCCAAGAACCACCAGUGGAAUUCGUCCAGUCGGAGCGCGCGGUGCUGAUUCUCAGCAACUCGCAGCGCUGCCUCGUUAUAAGCUGGUGGAAGCGGCUCUUAAGGUGUACGCGCGGCGGUCCCAGGGGCAGCUGAGGGAGGUGAUACUGGACGGAGAGGACGUGCGUGGCGAUGUGAUUGUAACGGUGCUUGCAGGCUGCAAGCAGCUCGAGAAGCUUUCAGUGAGGAUGUGCACGCAUGUAAGCUCGUCCCACAUAGUCACACUCUUACAGUCACAGUGGGGCACGCUGGCGUCAACAUCAGCAUCAGCCUCAACUUCAGUAUCAGCAUCAGCACCAGCACCAGCAUCAUCCCCAGCGUCAGCAUCAGCAUCAUCAUCAACUUCAGUAACAGCAUCAGCACCAGCACCAGCAUCAUCCCCAGCGUCAGCAUCAGCAUCAUUAUCGCCAGCAGCACCAUCAGCUUCACCCCUGCUUGCAGAUUCCUUACCAGAGUCUCCUCCACCCGCUCCACCCACUUCCCUUGAAUCUACGCAACCUACCACGCUUGAGCAACCUCAACUUUCUACCCUUGAACUGCCUCAAGCCCCCGCAGCUACAGUACCGGCUCCCAGUCCCAGGCUGUGGCAGGUGCGCAUGGCAGGGACUGACUGCCCCUCUACAGACUUCCUCUUUAUCCGAGACAUGCUCAAGCGCGCAGCAGCAAGUCUGCCCGCACCCAGACGUCCAGUCUCCGAACCUAGUUCCGCAGCUGCAGGUAGCCUUGGCAGCAGCACCCCCUUCAGCAUCGGCAGCACCGCCCCCAUCAGCACUGGCAGCAGCACCCCCAUCAGCACCUGUUCUCAGAUUCUCACAGACCCCGUGCUUUAUAAGGCUGGCAUGACGAAAAGAUCAUGUAUGUCAGGAGAUUCGGGUAAUCCGGGAUGUGACUAUAACGAAGGGUUGUCGUUCGCGCCUCUGGAUGGAGCAUCAGUGAGGGGCUCAGCAUCGGAGGGGCUGGUUCGGGCAGGGGAAGGCAGAGGUUCGGACCCGUUUCCGGGCAGGAGGCUGCAGAUUGUUUCAACCUGCCCGUCGGUUCUGGACAUCGAUUUCUGCCCGCGGUGUGCCAAUAUUCGGGCAGUCUUGGACUGCCCGACUAGCGUGCAGUGGCGGCAGCAUCUGGAGCGAGUAGCUGAGGAUUCUACCUCCAUAAAAGUGCAGGCGACCGUGCGGUCUCUCCUUAAGCAGCAGGCUUGUCGUGGGUGCCUGCGCUGCAUCCCUCGCUGCAUCUUCUGCGGCUCGUGCACCAACCACACGUGCAUGCCACUUGGCCAAAUCCAAGCAGUGCACCUAGAAGCACAGCACCAAGCAGCACAGCAGGAGUCCCUUGGAGGUUCAAAUCCGGGCGGCCAAAUUUUGGAAUCGAAUGAUGGUAUAGCUCGAGGGUUGGAGGACCCUGCACUGCAUGAGGGAGGCAGUGGAUUUGGUGUCGAUGGGAUGGGUGAUGUGUGGGUGUACCCUUUGUUCCAAGGAGCAGUGCACAUCGCGCAUGCUGACGUGUGUGGGGUGCAACUGGCGGUGCUGCCCGUGGCACAUUGA